AUGGACCUUCCGACGUUCUCUGGAGACUCAACAGAAUGGAAAGGCUUUUAUGAUGCGUUCUCUGCAUUAGUAGAUACGAACAUCGCCCUGUCUGAGAGCCAGAAAUUGCAUUAUCUACGCAGCUGCUUAAAGGGAGAUGCGUUAAAAAUUGUUAACGGGUUUAAAAUUUGUGAUGCAAAUUAUAGCGAAGAAUGGGACUUACUUAAGUCGCGCUAUAAAGUUCUGCGUGUUAUCGUGGAAGUUCAUUUUCGAGCGAUGGCUGAAAUACGGAAAGCGUCUAAUGAUACGGCAGAAGCUAUAAAAACCGUUUUUGAUGCGUUUCAGCAGCAUAUUAGAGAACUCAAGGCUAUAGGUCGACCAGUCGAGUUUUGGGACGACUGGCUAGUUCAUGAAAUCGUCAGCAGAUUAGCAUUUGAAACUAGAAAGCAAUGGGAGCUAUCGCUUCUUAACGAUGACCCGCCGACUUUCGAACAAUUAUCAACUUUUUUGGAAAUAAGAUGUCGCUCGUUGUCUAUGCUUCCCACGCCGACUACGUCAUCUGCAGCACCCACCAAAUUGGCCAAGGUAUUUCACACCCUAUCUGAUACGAACGUUAUUUGCUGUAUUUACUGCAAUGGAUCGCACAAAAUUUAUAGUUGUGAGAAAUUCCGUAUUCUGGACUCGAACGCAAAAUCGAGUUUUGUAAAAGAAUCAAAGGCAUGUAUCAAUUGUCUAAGUACCGGACAUUACAAAGCCCAGUGCAACAGCACAUCAGUUUGUCGAAUAUGCCAAAAACGACAUCAUACCUUACUCCAUGUUAACGCGAAUGCAGCCAAUGUAUCUCCAACAUACCUCGUCAACGAAGUAAAGGAACCCUCGUCCGAAAGCUCCCCCGCAAAUCUCUCAUCUGGGUUCACUUCAUCAACUGGGACAGAACCACUAUGUAUAUCUUCAUGCUUAAAUUCCAGUCCAUCGCCAACAACGCAAAGAACCGUAUUACUUUCCACAGCUUUGGUAAAGAUCCGUGAUUGCACUGGCAAGUGGCAACCUGCUCGUCUGUUAUUCGAUUCCGGAUCGCAUGCCUCGUUCGUAACGGAAUCGUGUGUACAACGUUUGGGCUUAUCACGAUCCCCAUCUACAGUUUUCAUCACGGGAAUUGGAUCCUCGCAGGGAGGCAAAUCAAGAGGUGAGACCCUAAUUUCACUUUCACCUUACUACUCAGAUGAAUGUUACACCAUAAAUACUUUGAUUUUAUCUAAUAUCACGGGCGAGUUGCCUACGCACGCCCUAGCUGUCUCUUCAUGGUCUCAUGUUAAUGAUUUGCUUUUGGCUGAUCCCCAAUUUAUGAAGCCUGGACGCGUCGACUUAUUGAUUGGAAUGGACGUAAUGGAGCAAUUUCUAUGUUCUGGGUUGCGAAAGGGUCUUCCUGGCACACCUAUGGCACAAAAAACGGUGUUUCAUUGGUUAUUCGGGAGCAUUUCGGCUGAGGAGUCACCUACAUCCCGGUUUCAGUCAUUGCAUUGCGAUGUUCACCUCGAAAGAGCGCUAGCCAAGUUGUGGGAGUUAGAAGAGGCACCCCAAAAGAUGCAUCUUACGUCUGAAGAGCAGUUUUGUGAAGACCAUUUCAGAUCCAGUCAUCGAAGAGACCUUAGCGGUCGUUUUAUUGUCGAAUUACCUUUAAAAUCCGAAAUCGCAUUAGGCAGCUCACGAAAUUUCGCCAUACGAAGUUUGCUACAGAUCGAGAAAAAAUUGGCUCUAAAUAAAGAUUUACGAUCGCGUUAUAACGAAUUUAUGGACGAAUUAACUGAAAUGAAUCAUAUGGAACCUGCAUCGGAAGUGACAAGCGCCGCAUAUUACAUGCCUCAUCAUCCAGUUAUUAAGGAGUCAAGUAUCACGACCAAGCUGAGGGUCGUUUUCAAUGCCUCCGCCAGGACGACCUCCGGAAAGUCUUUAAACGACGCCUUGUGUGUAGGACCGCAAUUGCAACAAAAUCUUUUUUCCAUUUUGACGCGUUUCAGAACGCACCGAUAUGCAGUUACAGCUGAUAUCGCAAAAAUGUACCGACAAGUCCUACUUUCCCCUAAGCAUGUAGAUUUACAACGGAUUGUUUGGCGUCGAGAUUCGUCCUUACCCAUUAUGGACUACCGAAUGUUAAGAGUGACGUACGGCGUUGCGUCCGCAUCUUACUUGGCUGUCAAGUCACUACAACAAACUGCGAAGUGUUCCACGAAUAAGAGUAAAAAGGCGGCUGCUGUUAUUGAAAAAGACUUUUAUAUGGACGACCUUUUAACCGGAACCUCCACGGAUGACGAGCUUUUAUUGUUGCAACAAAAUAUCUCAGAUAUAUUGAAGGAAGGCGGCUUCGAGCUUAGAAAAUGGGCGACCAAUUGCGCAAAAUUAAACGAGUAUAUUUCUAGAAAUGCACCAAACAUAUCGCAUUACUUAAUCGACGAUAAGGAUGUGUACGCCUUAGGCCUUGUUUGGAACACUGCAGAUGAUCAUUUUACAUUCGCCAUAAAUUUGAAAGAACGGCCAGCUACUUUAACCAAACGAGCCUUUUUAUCUGAUGUAAGUACGCUUUUCGAUCCUCUGGGCUUACUCGCGCCCGUCACUAUACGGUCGAAAAUAUGGUUUCAAGAGAUUUGGCGUUCGGGAGUGGAUUGGGAUGAUUUAGUACCUGAUGACAUAUCUGCGCAGUGGCUCGAGCAUCGCUCUGGCUUAUUACAACUCACAAAGUUGAAAGUAAACCGUUGGCUCGGCUCCGGAGUAGAUGGGUCAAUCAUAGAGUUACAUAUUUUUGCUGAUGCAUCUGAACGGGCUUAUGCUGCCACAUUGUACGCGCGUACUACUCAAAAUGAUGGAAGGGUCACCGUUUUGUUAAUAGCGUCUAAAACAAAAGUGGCGCCGCUUAAGCCAACCACGCUCCCGCGUCUUGAGUUAUGUGCGGCACAUCUUGCUGCCAAGCUCGUACGUAUUGUAUUAAAAAGCUGGACUGACAUUUCUUGUCCGUUGUAUGCGUGGACAGAUUCGACCAUUACGUUGGCAUGGCUUCAAUCACACCCCAGCAGAUGGGUCACGUUUAUAGCAAACCGUGUUGCGAAUGUUCAUGAAAUUCUACCGCCGCAAUGUUGGAAUCACGUCCGUUCCGAGCAGAAUCCUGCCGAUUGUGCAUCAAGGGGAAUAAAGCCAUCCGAAUUACUGAACCAUCCCUUGUGGUGGACUGGGCCCACAUUCCUUAAGAAUACCUGCUGUUUCUGGAGACAAUCGUCGGAGAAGAUACAUACCACUGAAAUUGGUGCAAAAGGCAAGGUCCGGGCUCACGUGGUCAAUUCCAAUUAG